AAAUGGCGUCCGUGGCUUGCGGGAGGUUCGCUGUAGCUGUUUGUUUGGACACAAAAGGACUCCCACCGCCAAAUCCACCCGGGGCAGCUAGAGAGUUCGUCGUACCGCCGUACGAUGGCGCUGGGCGUACCUUUGAGAGCGUCCAAAAUGGCGUCCGUGAGUUGUGGCACGUUCUGUGUAGUUGGACAUGUUUGGACCCUACCGCAAAAUCCACGGGGGGUAGGUGGCCAGGAACAGCUGAUUCACAUUGUUCGGUGUCUGUGUGUGUAAUAUUCACUGUAAAUACCUGAGUGAACCAGUAAUUGGGUUUUCGGUGGAUGGUUAGGCCUCGCCGGCCGGGAAUAUCAUUGGAAAUUGAUCAGGGAGACCGUGGGAUUAUUUGUCUCGGGGGUUAGAUGUUUUUCACGCGGGUUACAUGUGUCCGGUCGUUGUUUAUGUUUUGUUUCGAAGUGAUAAGUGAGUGUCGUGUGUAAUUCGUUCGGUUUUGGGGUGGGAGGGAGUGAUAUAUUUCAGUGGAAGUGGGUUAAUUGUGAAAAAGAGACGCUGACGAAGGGUUUUGCAUCAUAAUUCGAUGCUUGAGGGACUCCCAGGGGCUUCAGGAGUGGAUACAUCGGUCAUUGGUACUGGGAGUUUCAGCAAAGGGUGGGGCAAUUUAUCGGUGGUAUCGUGGAGUUAAUCAGGGUAAUUCGUCAAUUGUUGGAUUCCGUACGGCUGAGGGAUGAUAAUAAAAUGGGUACAAAUGAGCCACCUUCGAUUUUGAGAUCCAUCAACAAUCGUCACAGUUCAUUCGUGAGGUUCAUUAAUACCACUACUUACGAUGUUGAGAUACUAUGGAUUGAUUAUGAAGGGUUUGCUGUUUGUUAUGGUACAUUGAGUCCCGGGAAUCGAUUGGAUAUCAAUACUUUUGCCACUCAUCCUUGGAUUUUUGUGGAGAAAGAGACGAGAGACAGAUUUGUGGUGGAUGGGAAGGACGUAUUUCUACCUCAGCCCUGGUUCGCUCGAUAUAUUGACAUGCCCCGUGAUGAACUUCCACAAAUGAUCGAACGGACCUCAGUGAAUAUCACUCUACCAAUCUACACUCUCCGUGAUAUCUCUUUACGUGUUAUAAAGCGUCGUCUACGUCACGACUAUCACGCCUUUCUCCUUGAAAUACCCCAGAGUCUUCAAUACGAAUUGGCAUCAAUGUUACCCAGAAAGGGUGAUUUUGCCGAGCCCUGACAACAGGAAGAUCCUGGGUCCUGAAUGCAAUGAACGAAAAUCAACAUAUUCCAAUGUACAAUUCUCCACAUCAGCACAGGUGCGAAGUCGAGUGUUCACUGGUGGGAAUUAAAAGGGCGCAACUACGACUCGGUGAAAAAAAAAAUCCUACAAAUUCUAGAAGGUGGGAGUGAGAGGCGACUGCGCGGGGUGAAGCCGCAUCGCACGCAUCCCGUGUUAUA